UUGAAGGAAAAUGUUGAAAGUAAACCAGCAGACAUUGCUGAGGCAGUGCCUCUGGCUAACACAACGCUAUGCCCACAGCCAGGUGCGCGUUCGCUUUGCCCCCAGCCCGACCGGGCAGCUCCAUUUGGGCGGCCUGCGCACGGCUCUAUACAAUUUCCUUUAUGCUCGGCAUUUGGGCGGGAAAUUCCUGCUCAGGAUCGAGGACACGGAUCAAACGAGACUUGUGCCUGGUGCUAGUGAGCGCCUGGUGGAGGAUCUGCUCUGGGCGGGCAUUGAAAUCGACGAGGGACCCGGCUUUGGCGGCCGGCAUGGACCCUAUGUCCAAAGCCAAAGAACUGAUAUUUACAGUAAGGCCAUCAAGAAGCUGCUGCAGAAUGGCACCGCCUAUCGCUGCUUCUGCACGGAACGCCGUCUGGAGCUGUUGCGUAAGGAGGCGCUGCGCACACGCCAGGUGCCGCGCUACGACAACAAAUGCCGGCAUCUGCAAGCAGCGGAUGUGGAGAGCCUUCUGGCCCAAGGUGCACCCCACUGCAUACGCUUCAAGCUGACGGAGCAUGAGGAGCCCCUGGAGGAUCUCGUCUACGGCAGUGUCCAGCACAAUGUCAGCGACAACGAGGGUGAUCCGGUGGUUAUAAAAAGCGACCACUUUCCCACCUAUCACUUUGCCAAUGUGGUGGAUGACCACCUGAUGGGCAUCACCCAUGUUCUGCGAGGAGUUGAGUGGCAGAUAUCGACCACAAAGCAUUUGCUGCUCUACAAAGCUUUUGGAUGGCAGCCGCCAAAGUUUGGUCACCUGCCGCUCCUGGUCAAUGCAGAUGGAACGAAGCUCAGCAAACGACAGGGCGACAUUGGAAUUCAGCAUUUCCGGGAGCGCGGCUACUUCCCCCUCUCGCUGGUCAACUAUGUGGUCUCUGCGGGUGGAGGCUUCCAGCACAAAGCCCAUGCGAAGCAGCAGCUCUUGAGCCUUCAGGAACUCUGCCAGCAAUUCGAAAUGGAGCGCGUGAAUGCCCAUCCCAGUCGCUUGAGCCCCGAACUUCUGGAUGACUUGAAUCGCUUGGAGAUCGGCCAACGUCUGGCAGAGCCCGAGUCCCGAUUGCAGCUGGUCAAGCAAGUGCAGGAGCUAGUCAAGAAAGCCUACCCAGAGCACUCAAAUUUGGAUCUGGCGGAGGCACACAUUGUGGAUGUCCUGAAUUGGUCCUCGCAGCGUCUGACACUCCUCCAGGAUCUGACCAGCAGCAAGCUGAGCUUCCUCUGGGUGAAACCAUCCAACUUUGAGCUGAAAGACCUGUCGCUAGAGCAGCUAAUCAGCCUGAUAACAGAGCUCGACACCCUGCAGGACUUCCAGAAGGAUGAGCUGAAUGUAAAACUGAAAAAGUUUGCCAAAACGGAGGGCCUUAAGUUCCCCCUGAUGAUGAAGACGCUACGAGCGGCUCUUAGUGGCCUCAACGAAGGUCCUGGCGUGGCCGAAAUGAUGGAGAUCCUGGACAAGUCAGUGGCCCUCGACCGCCUAAGAGAGGCUCUGCCCAAAACGGAUAUAAAUCGAAAUCGGAAAAUAGUUUGACGACGCUAAAGUUCUCGUUAUAUAUUUGUAAAUAUAGUAGAUAUAGAUAAUGUUUUUAAUGGAUAACUGCAAGUUGGAGAAUAAGUUGAUUGAGGUUGAGUAAACACCACAUUAAGAGUCAAAAUAA